UGAUAAGAUUUUUACAUAGAGAUAUCUAAUCUUAGAGAUUAUUUAAUAUUACUUUUCCUUCGCUUCCAGCGACUUUUUGUGAUUUUUAUACUAAAAAUUGCAUUGAGAAGAAGAGUGGCUUUUUUUAGAAAGAUUUGAAAAAAUUGUGAUGAAACUAAGGUGAUAUACCAUGGGUGUGGUAUUUUGGUUAGCGCAUUCAUUGUAUCGAGUGUUAUACUCUUUCAUCCACAUUAUUUUAGCUUUCUACCAUAAAGGUAAAAAACAAAUUGUUCCACCAAUCAAGUAUCCUCUUCUACUCAAAUCUGCAUCUAAACUUGCCGAAGAAAUACGGGAAGGAAAAGUAAAAAGUGAAGAAGUAGUUCAAGCCUACGUAAAUAGAAUCUUAGAAGUUGAGCCAUACAUAAAUGCUGUUGUUCAAGAUCGUUUCACCGAAGCUUUAGAAGAAGCAAAAGAAGUUGAUAAAAUAAUCAGCGAAAUUACGUACUCUGAAUCAUUUUCCAAGCAACAACUGGCUGAUGAAAAACCAUUCUUUGGCGUGCCAUUUACUAUUAAGCUUCUGAUAAAAGUUAAAGGACUUCCUUGUACUGCUGGCAGUAAAUUAUUUGAACAUCAGAUUGCAGAAGAAGAUGCUCAUUGUGUUGCUUUAAUAAAGAAAGCGGGUGGUAUCAUUUUGGCGAAUACAAAUACACCUGAAUUCGGCUUUUCUUUGGAAUGCUUCAAUCUCCUUUAUGGACAAACACGCAAUCCCUAUGAUACGACAAGAACUCCUGGUGCAAGUAGUGGAGGAGAAGGUGCUUUACUAGGAGCAGGUGCUUCUGUUGUAGGGGUAGGAAACGAUAUGCUGGGCAGUGUCCGUUUACCAGCUCAUUUUUGUGGAAUUUUCUCUCACAAACCUUCAAAGGGUUUAGUUGUGAAUUCAGGAAGUUUUCCAGUACCCCACCCUGAUCAUCUACCCUACAUUUUUGUGGGACCAAUGUGCAGAUAUUCUGAAGAUCUUCAAGCAGUGAUGAAAGUUUUUACUGAAGAAAACCCAAUAAGACUCAAAUUUGGACAAAAGGUAGACUUCCGAAAUUUGAAGAUUUAUUACUCAACGAGUAUAAAGGACUUUGGAAUGCUUCCUGUAGAUAAAGAAAUAGUUUCAUCAAUGCUUAAAGCUAUUUCUCAUUUCACUAAAAAAUACGACGUAGCUGCAAAGAAAGUGGAAAUUCCUCUAAUAGAAAGAACUAUUGAAACUGGAAUUAGUCGUGCUAUAGCACCACUUUCAAACAUAGUCAAUUUCAUAACAUUAGGUAAAGUUGAUCAUAUAAACUUACCUCUAGAGCAUUUAAAGUUGCUAUUUGGAAAAUCGACAUUUUCUUUUCCUCCGUUACUUUGGAUAAUGGGGAACAAGUUGCUUUCCAGAUUUAUUAUCGGAAACAAUCCCACUUCACAAAAAAAGUAUGAAAUUAUUCUUGGGAAAUUGAGAAAGGAAUUGGACGAGCUUCUUGACGACGAAAAUGCCAUUUUCAUCUAUCCAACUCAUCCUGUUCCAGCUCCUUACCAUUAUGAAAUGUCAACAAGUCUUCCUUUGAGUUGGGCCUAUACUGGAACUUUCGAUUUUACUGGUCAUCCAGCAACUCAGUGUCCUCUUGGAAUAAACAAAGAAGGCUUACCAUAUGGUAUGCAAAUCAUAGGUGGAAUGAAUAAUGAUCCACUUACCAUAGCUUGUGCUGCAGAACUGGAAAAAGUUUUUGGGGGAUGGAUUCCUCCCAAGCCAAAUAACUUUUAAUGGUAAUUUGCGGAGUUAAAAUUAACUUGAACCACUUCUUUCAAAUAAAUAUUGAACAUCUUAAGAAUUUUAAAAAGAAAAUUUUUAAUUUUAAUAAUUUUCCUUUUUCUAAGUUGGAAGUCUCACCAUUUCAGUGCAUUUUAAAAUGUUCUGUAUAAUUGAAUCUAGGCAACUCUUUUUUGGCAAAAUUGUAUAGUUUAAAACUAAAGCCAGCUUUUGUAUUUAAGGCUCGUGAACUGUGUGUUUUUUAAAAUUUUCCUUUGAGAUAGAGUUUUGCAUAAUACUAAUAAAAAAAUAAAAAGACAAGAAAUUAUUUUCGUCAAACUAAUAUUUCUUUUUAUUAAAGUAAAUGU